AUGUCCAUCACAGACUUCAUCAUAAACGAUGAAAAACUACCCUUACUCUUACAAGGUGGUUCUGAGCAGCAGAAGACUGGGGGCCAUUUUGGGUGUUUCCGAGUUGGGAUCUGCUGGCUUCUGGUGGAGCUGUGUGAGAGGUUCACUUUCUAUGAAGUCGUCUGCAACAUGAUCCCCUUUUGCACAGGGAGGCUUGGCUGCUACAACCACCAAGCAGCCGUUCUCAACUUGGGCUUCAUUGGAGCCUCAAUCCUUAGCCCUGUGUUCAUGGGAUGGCUUGCGGAUGCAUACCUCGGGCGGAACAAACUGGUGUAUAUAUCCUUAUCUCUGCAUUUCCUAGGCACUUCCUUGUUAUCGGUGCUUGCUUUUCCCUUGGAGGGUUUCUACGGAGGCUCAUACCCUGUGUCUAACAACACGCCUGUGGAGGAGCGGGCUGGGCUGUUUCACAUAGCACUGCUCACCCUCAGCCUGGGCACAGGAGGAAUAAGGGCUGUCGUUUGUGCACCAGAUGCCUGUGGCCGUCGGGAAUGGGAAUCAAAGAAGCCAAUGUCAUUUUGUAACUGGACCUCCUGGUCCAUGAACCUGAAUGCAGCUGUUGUCUUUCUGGGAAUCUCAGGCAUCCAGCGCUUGGGGUCCGGGGCCGUUGUGGUCCUGCUUCCUUCUCUGUCCGUGUUCACCGCCUUGGUAAUCCUUUACAUGAAGGACUUCGACCUGAUCUAUCAGCCAAAGAACCAUUGCUCUCUCCUGACUGCCUCCAGGGCAUUUGUUAGGGCCCUGAAAACACACUGCAUGCAGUACUUCCACCUUGGGCAAGAUGGAUCACAUUGGUUAGACCAUACUAUGGGAAAACAAAGUGGAUACCACAGUGAACACCAGGAGAAAGAGACAGAAAAGGUUUUCUUCGCCCUUUUGCCUCUCUUCAGCUUCCAGCUCGUAUACAGAAUGUGCCUUAUGCAGGUUCCUUCAGGAUAUUAUCUUCAGACCAUGAAUUCCAAUCGGAACUCGGGUGGAUUUCCUCUGCCAAUUGCCUUAAUGAACGCCAUCAGCCUUCUGCCCUUAUUAAUUCUGGCUCCCUUUAUGGAUUACUUCAGCAACUGUCUACUUCCCUCUAAGAGAGAUGGACCAUUCCUGUCAGCGUGCAUUAUUGCUGGUAACAUUUGUGCAGCCUCCUCUGUGGCAGUGGCUGGCUUCCUAGAAAUACACAGAAAACGUCCCCAGGAGCAUUCUCCUUCAGGCAAACUUUCCCCCAUUUCCUCCAUGGCCUGUGUGUAUCUGAUUCCACAGUAUGUGCUGCUUGGAGUGUCUGAAGUCCUGGUAAACCCAGCCGUCUCCAUGGUAACACACAGAGUCAUCCCAAGCACCUUUAGAGGAACUUCCAUGACUUUUUUGACACUAUUCCAUGGAUCCGCCUGUUUCACAGGUGCUCUGCUGAUAGAGUUGGUUUAUCUCAUCUCAGAAGGAGAUUGGUUUCCAAACACAUUAAACAAAGGCAGCCUAGAGAGCUUCUUCUUCAUGCUGGCAUCCUUGACUCUGCUGAAUAUCCUGGGAUUCUGGAGGGCUUCACCGAGAUAUUGUAAUCUAAAUCAUUUUAAUGCCCAGUGCAUCCGUGGAAAUAAUUGUGAAGAAACUCUUCUCCUCUCUGAGAAGUCUCUGAGGUUUUAUGGCAGUACGCAGGAGACGUCUUCAAGUAUUGAUCUCUGCGAGACAGCCCUAUGA